UUUUGACAAAACCGGGAAGCCGAAAAGCUCGGAGGACACUAAUAAAAGAAAACGGAGCCCAUUGGACCAUCGAACUCAGGAGAGUGUAUAAUCUCCGACAUGGCACCGAAUGUAAGAUCGGUCAUCGCGCAGGUACAUCAAAAAUCGAGAGCGAUGGGGUCUCGCCGCAAUUUCUGUUCACAUCCAGAUCAUCCAGCUCUGAACAGAUUCACUGGAACGAGGCUUUGGCCGUGGUUGUUAACUCAUGGUCUAGGAUUAGCUGCGGGAUAUGGCUUAGGUCAUUAUCUGUCAGCCUAUGUUAUAUCGGAACUUAAGGAGAAGCGGCAAAAGGCACUUAAGGAGAAUGAGGAAUACUUCCAGCGAAGAGAAAAGCGCUGGUUAGAUUUGGCAGCGUCUGAUCCUAGAUUCUAAUUAUCUUGAUGCAAGCUUUUAUGUGGUUAUUGUGGUCUUGCCUAGUGAUCAGACAAUAAAUUAAGGAAUUACUUUUGUAUCCGGUGAUUGUGAAGUAGCCUAGUGAUCAGACACUAAAUUUAAGAAUUAGUUACGUUUGCUAUAGUGUGUGUAAAACUUGUCGCACAUGGUAUAUGUUAUUGCAAUCUCUCAUGUCGUGAGUUCUGUGUCCUGUGGUCUCUGUCUAAACUGAAUUUUUUUCUUUGCGA